UCGUUUCGCUGCCGACACAUGCUCCCGUGCCAGCACAACAGAAAUAUAUGCUUCCUCUCUGAUCUACGGCUCCCAUCGCUCUUUAAAAGUCCCCAGCUAUCCUGGCUCCUGACUCCCAACUCCCAAAAGAUAUAUGCUCUCGCAGCUAAGCUCAGCCCACGAGACAUCGAUCGUGGGAGGAGCAUCUCUCCGAAAGAGGCAACGUCGCCAGUUAGCUAGCUAGCUACCUUCUCAGUUCUCUAGCUAGCGCGAUGCUGUUCUCCGGCCGGCGCCGGGGCCUGCAGACCGCCGUGCCGUGCCUCUUCGUGAUGGCUGCCGUCCUGAGCGCCGGCGCCGUCGAAGGAUACAAGAACUACACCGUCGGCGAAGGCAAGGGCUGGUACGACGGCGGCGCGGUCGACUACCAGGCCUGGGCUGACGGCUACAACUUUAGCCUCGGAGAUUUCCUCAUCUUCAACACGGACAAGAACCACUCGGUGGUGCAGACGCGGAACGAGACCCUGUACAAGAGCUGCGACUACGAGAACUCGGGCCCGGAGGACACCGUGGACUGGUCGGCCGCGCCAGAGUUCAGCAAGGACGCCGUCACCGCCGCCGUGCCGCUGCUCAAGGAGGGCGACACCUACUUCUUCUCCGGGAACUACGACGGCGAGCAGUGCCUGGGCGGCCAGCGCUUCGCCAUCGCCGUCGCGCAUGGCCAGGGCCUCCCGCCGGACCUCAGGCCGCCGUCGGCCGAGGCCUCGGGUCCGGCGCCGGGGCCUGAGGCCCAGGGCAUCGCUGACGCGGUGCCGGCUUUUGACUUUAGCCACCCCAAGAACGUCUCCACGCCGUCCUUGGACAAAGAUGCUUCCGACGACGAGACGAGCAGUGAUAGUUCAGGUUCCAGCCUGACUCUAGCCGGUCUCGGGCCCGGUUUGGUCAUGGUUCUCACCGUGCUCUUUGGGGCGCAAGUGUAACGUUCACUUGUUUUAGCUGUACGUUCUCGCUUGUUGUACCAAAAUUGCAGUGUUUUUAUUUAUUGAAAUAGCUGUAGAAAGAGUGUUAUACACUUGUAACAUCGAUGUAUAAAUAUUUAUUUACUUUGUACCAGUGUUCUAUAAUAACUGGCAUGGACAACUGUUUCACUAUGUGAAAAGUUUUGAUGCAAA